AUGGGAGUCGGCGGAACGGCGUGCGCGGAGGAGCACGACUUGGCGCCGCCCCCGCAAAAGUGCGCGCGCGUGUCGACGUCUCCGGGAAUGAGACUGGCGCUACACCCCGCGCAAUGCCCUCCCGGGUUAAAGCUUAAAAGCGCGUGUCACGGCUGCGGGGAGUGCGGGCGUGGCGGCGGGGAGUCAAAAUCGAAAGCACUGCUCUGGGGUGUGUCCAGUUUAUCGCAAUUGCAGCUGAUUUUGGUCUUCUCUGCGUUGCUGCUCACGGCCUCGUUCCUCCUGUCCACGCGCGCAAUCGAUCUUUCCGCCGUCGAUAUAAUCGCCGCAGCCGCCGCCGCAGGUUCCGGCGGAGACGACGCAGCCGGAAACAGCGAGUAUGGCAGCGGCGGCCGAAGCGACCCCGCCAAGUUACUGUUCGUCAAGGGUGUGGGGCUCGGCGGGGGAAGCUGGUUACUCGGGGGAACAGGGGGCGGCGGCGAGAUCGGCGGCGGGGGGAAACGCAACGGCGGGCGCGGCGGGGGGCGCGGCGUUUGGGGGAGGGUGAGCGCGGGAGGAGGCGGCGCGGUUGGGAAAGUGACGCGCGCGCUGGUGAGAGGGCGCGACGCGGAAAUGGCGGCGAUGAUGGCGGCGCUGGAUUUGUCGGCGUCGGAAGAUCUGCUCGUAGGAGGCGACAUGGAUGAGAAGCAGGAGCUGCGUCAGCGCGUCAAGCUGGUGGAGGACGAGUGGGAGUACUUCCAAGAGGCCCCGUAUCGCCUCAUCGACGAGUUUUGGAGGGACGUGUUUGAUGCGGCGUACGACGAGCUGGUGGCGCGCGAUCCAACGGUUCACGAUAAGGCUGUGGAGGAAAUCGCACGGCUCUCGGGCAAGUUCUACGACGUUCGAACCAUAGGGAAUAAAGUGAUAUUGGUUCCGAAGGGUGCGGCCGGCGCAGCUGUAGCAGCAGGGAGAGGCGACGAAGCCGUGGCUGAUGACUCUGAUGCUCAGGAGGGAACUGGCGGAUCAGACGCGGGCGAAGGGGGCGAAACGGGAGCAGAUGCGCAAGGAGAGGCGGAGGCGGAAGGAGGAGGAGCGGGCAGUGGGGAGAAAGCAAAGCGCGCCAAGCAGCAGAAGCAGGAGCAGCAGGAGCAGCGGGAGCAGGGGCAACAGCUGUCGACGACGCAGCAGCAGGGUAUUGGAAAGGAGCAACGAGAGGGGAAGCAAGUGGAAGGACAAGGGAGCGAUGGGGAGGAGAAAGAUGGAACAGCAGAGACCGAUUCAGAAGUGGGUCAAACUGUCAGGCUGGAACAGAAGGCAGCAGAGAGGCUGAGUGCACUACCAUCGGAAACUCCUGUGGUACGAGGGCAAGACACGCAAGGAGGGGAGCAGCGGGUUCAUCGUCAGUUGGAUCCCAAGGGUGGGGAAGGGAGAGAGGGAGAGGGGCAGUGGCAGCAGUUGCAGCAAAGACCAUCACAGCCACAGCCGCAGCAGCAGCUGCUGCAGCAAGAGAUAGUGAGUCGUGAGGGGGAAGGGCAGAAGGGGUUGAACCUGGAGCAAGAGGGUGGCACACUGAAGAGUUAUGGGAGCAGUUUGGGAGGCGAGGCGGCAGAAGCAACUGUUGAAGCAGCUGCUGCUGCAGCAGCUGAGGGUGGUGGUGGUGCUGGUGGAAGGGUGGAGUUAGAAGGUGUUGGGGAAGGGGAGAGGCCAGGGGAGGCUUGCUUAUCUACCAAGCUGCUCCACUGCGCCACGGCGACAGCAUCCCACCGCGCCUUCCUUGCUGAUUUAGAGACUUCUUUAAUUGCGCUGCAGCGUGCGGUCAGCCUGACAGAAGCCGAGCGGUUGGAGCAGGAGGAGAAGGAUAGGGCUGGAGAGGGUUGGAGAGAUGCGACGGGAGAGUCCCAGGAAGUGCCACGUGUCCUGAGCCAACACGUGGCGAGGCUGCAGCAGCUACUGGACAGACACAGGCAGGUGCUGGCUUCUGAAGAGGCGGCAAGAUGGCAGGCAGAUGGCGCUGAGAAUCAGUCGAGUUCGGAUGAAAAUGGAGUUAAUUCUGAUCAGGAAACGGAUGGAGGAGAAGGUGGAGGGGAAAAUGGAGAGCGUGGGUUGGCCGAGGGGAAAGACGGGCGUCUAGGAAGGGAAAGGCGGCCACAGAGGGGGGAGGGGGAGGAGGGAGGGGAGGGGGAGAUGGCAGAGCGGUUGCUAAGAGUGUGGGGAAUUGUGGGUGGUGUGCGUGUGUCUGAGGGUAAUGCAAGCAAGGAGGCAGAAUCAGGACUCGAGAAAGACCUUCUCAAACUGGGUUUCAGUAGCAGGGGAGAGGAGGGGUUUGCGGAAGGUGGGGAGGAGAGACAAGAAGACGGGGAUUCGGGGAACGGGGCAGGAGGGAGGAGUGGAGAUGGGAUGGGGGCGGAGAGGCCGCGGUGGUCGAUAGCUGAGGUGCUGAGUGCUGCACAACUGCCAUAUCCGUCUCAUAUUGAAGACUGCAGUGCUGCCAAUGCAAGGAACCGCUUGUUGGACUCUCGCUCCCCCAACGGCUCCCUGCCUGUGUGGUUUCAGCAAGGGGCUCGACUGCAGCACGCUGUGAUGCAGCAAUCGCUCUUUGAUGUGUCUCAAUACCCCACCGCCCCACCCACCCGCCCCUGCAGCCUGUUGGACUCUCGCUCCCCCAACGGCUCCCUGCCUGUGUGGUUUCAGCAGGGAGCCAGACUGCAGCACGCUGUGAUGCAGCAAUCGCUGGAGGAGGUGGUGGAAACAGAGGAAGAGGAGGACGCGUUGGGGCCAGAUGGGGCAGGGGCAGAUGGGGCAGGGGAGAAGACAGGGGCAGCAGAGAGGGCGAGAGAGGGAGCCAAGGAAGAGACAGGGACAGGUGGAGGAGGAGAGGAUGGGACUGGGAGUAAGGAAGGGGCGGGGCGUGGGGCAGGGAGGUUGGGGAGGGAGCGACAAAUUGGUGUGCGGCCGAAUGUGGUUGGGCCGUUCCCUCCUUGGGUGGCAGGUGCUGACGAGGAUAACCUCCCUCUCACACUCAGGGUGGCAGGUGCUGACGAGGAUAACCUCCCUCUCACACGCAGGGUGCAGCAUGACUUGUGGCUGCACCAGCACCCACGGGACUGCUCUUACUUUGACGAAGGCGAGGAGGCAUGGGGGGAGGAAGGGGAUGGAGGGGCGAAGGACGAGGGGGAGAAACGGGAUGGGCAAGGAGGGGGGGAAGAGGAGGAGGUGGAAGGGAGUGGGGAGGGGAAAGAGGGCGAGUUGGACUCAGGAAAAGCCAGCGCUGCAGCUGGAAGGAGGAGGUUGGGAGGACAGGAUACGUCUGGUGCACCGAGUAAGGGGAGUGAAGGAUUGAAGGAGAAAUCACUAGGCAGGGAAGGACCGCCAGCCGAGAGAAAGCCUCGACGGUUCCUAUUGGUUGACGGGCGGCAGAUAUACCGGCAGUACCUGGGUAUAGGCGCACAGAUCAGCUGGCUCACAGGAGCGCUAGCAGAAGCGGUUAAGGAUAACCGAAUCAUGGUGAUCACCUAUUAUGAGAGGGCGGAUCACGAGGGGUGCACAGGGGGCGAUAGGGCGCGAUGGUCGUGUUAUUUCGCUCCGGAGACGUCGGAGGAGUGUAGGAGGAGAGCGGAGGCAUUGGCGGGGGACAAGAGGGCGGUGAGGAAAGGGCUUGUGGCGUUUUCGGGAGGGCGAUUUCCCAAGCCGACUCGGUUCUUUCUCUAUGACCCUCCCAGGCUGUGGGGGCGGCCGUGGCAGCACAUGCAGCGGACAGAGGAGGUGAAUGGGCACCUGAUAGGGCGCACCAACGUGGACGGCAGGCGCUGGUGGUUCGCCCAGGCCACUCGCUACCUCAUGCGCUACCGCAGCCCGCGCCUGUGCCAUCUUGCCAACAAGGCACGCCACGAGGCGUUUGGCAGGGAGGCGGCAGCACAGGCUGUUUCUGCUCUAGCGGAUGGGUGGCCAGAGGUGCAUCUGACCCCCAAGAAACUGACCAAGCAUCGGAAGCGAUACCAAGGGCUAGAGCCUGUGUGGGCAGCGGUGAGAGAGGCAGCCGUGGGGAGGAGAUACGUGGCAGUGCACGUGAGGCAAGGCGACAAGUCUUCCGAAAUGCGCCUGCUGCCUCUGUCCGCCUAUCUGGAACUUGCUGAGAAGGCACGGAGAAACUUCCCGGAGGUUACCACCAUGUGGCUGAGCACGGAAAUGGAGGAUGUGGUGCAGGAAGCAACUCGCCUGCUCUCCCCACGUUGGGACGUCAAAUACACCCGCUUUCCCCGGCAAGGCGCGGCUAAUAUAUCCAUGAAGUCAUAUGAAUCUGACGUGGGCGUGGGACCAACAUCAGACAACGCAUUUGUGAAUCUGGUUCUUGCAGCUGAGGCGGAUUUGUUUGUGGGGACGCUGGGAUCGACUUGGUCUGUGUUGAUCGAUAAUCUGAGGGUUACUGGGGGGAAGGAACGGGCUGGGUUUCUGAGUGUUAAUAAGGAUCGGUAUUGGUUCAGCAAAAGAGUGGUCGGGGAAGGGGGGAAGGUGGGAGGUGGUGGUGGGUUGUGA